GUUUACUGUCAUGUCAGAGAAAUAGUAAUACUGUUGUGUUAGGUAUAAAAAAAAUUGUAUUUUAUAUUAUUCUAAAAUAUCCAUCAUACUUAUCAACACCAGCAUUUUUCUAGAAAGUAUUCUAUUAUUCAGUUUAUUAGCCAUGGAAGUUAAAGUUGAAAUUAAGCAAGAGUUUGAUGAAUAUGACCAAAAAUAUAUGGACACUCCACUAUCCACAUCAAUAGAUAUGAAAAACUUGAAAAAUGAACCAGGGGAAGAACUUUUAGGUGAAAAAAGUCAAACAAUAAGUUGUCCCGAGGACGAGAAAAAAACAACUAUAAAACCAUUAACAGAAGAUUCAUAUCUUAAGGAAAAAUGUAUGAUUCUACAACACGAAAAGAGUCCAUUAAAUAAUAAUAUGGAAGUUCAAUCUGAACAAGGACUUUACCACUGUGAAAUAUGUUUUAAGCAAUUUUCUCAUAGAAGUUACUUGAAAAAACAUUUAGUGGCACACUCAUACAAGUGUGAAAUUUGUUUUAAACAGUUUUCUCAAACAAGUCAUUUGAAAAUUCAUUUGCGUAGUCAUACGGGGGAAAAACCUUAUAAGUGUGAAAUUUGUUCAAAACAGUUUUCUCAAGCAAUUAAUUUGAAAACACAUUUAGUGAUACACACUGGAGAAAAACUUUACAAGUGCCAAAUUUGCUUUAAAGAAUUUCCUCAUCAAUAUUAUUUGAAAAUUCAUGCUCGUAUUCACACUGGAGAAAAGCCUUACGAAUGUGAUAUUUGUUUGAAGCAGUUUUCUCAAAGAAGUCAAUUGAAAACACAUUCGGUGAUUCACACUGGUGAAAAACCUUACAAGUGCGAUAUUUGUCUUAAGCAGUUUUCUCAUAAACCUACUUUAAAUGCCCACGUGUCUGUUCACACUGGAGAAAAACUCUACAAGUGUCACAUUUGCUUUAAACAAUUUUCUCAUCGAUAUUAUUUGCAAAAGCACGUGGUUAUUCACACUGGAGGAACACCUUACAAGUGUGAAAUUUGUUUUAAGCAAUUUAUUCAAGCAGUUAAUUUGAAAACACAUUUGAGGGUGCACACUGGAGAAACCCCUUACAAGUGUGAUAUUUGCUUGAAGCAGUUUUCUCAGAAAAAUACUUUAAAGAACCAUUUGCUUAUUCACACUAGUGAAACAUCUUACAAGUGUGAAAUUUGUUCGAAACAGUUUACUCAUCAAAAUUCUUUGAAAAGACAUUUGAUAAUACAUACUGGAGAAAAACCUUAUAAGUGUGAUAUUUGUUUGAAGCAGUUUUCUUAUAAACAUUCUUUAAAAAUCCAUUUGCCUAUUCACACUAGCACUAGAGAAACCCCUCACAAGUGUGAGAUUUGUUUUAAGCAAUUUUCUGUGAAAUGCGGAUUGAAGAGACAUUUGAUGACACACACUGGAGAAGCCCCUUACAAGUGUGACAUAUGCUUUAAGCAGUUUAGAGAUGCUACCAAAGUAAAGAUACAUUUGCGUACUCACACAGGGGAGAAACCUUACAAGUGUGAUAUUUGUUUGCAGCGGUUUUCUCAAACGAGUCAGUUGAAAAGACAUUUGAUAAUACACACUGGAGAAAACCCUUAAGGGAUGUUUCACAUUAUAAGAAUUUUGAACGUGCGAGGGUUUUCUCGUGUGAUAGUUUUGACGCACUUGUCCUUUUCACACAAUAAGAAUUGAGUCGCACGAAGAUAUUUUGCUGUGUUGUUGGAGUAGUAGUUUUAUUUACACUUUGUGGCUGAGGUAGGUACAUGAAACGAUGUCUGAUAUGUAUCAUUACGAUGUAUCAUUACAAAUGGGUAUUUUUUGUUCAUACUUUUGUCCUAAUGUACUGUAAUGCGAAUUUAAUUCAUUUGCAAUUUAUAUUUUGUCAGUUAUUAUUUCUUAUGUUUUUAAUUAAAAGUCUUAAUUUGUUUUUAUAAUCGUUGUUCUACAAAGUUAUUUGUGGGAUCUUGGAUUAGCUCAUACAAUCUAUGUAAUAAACUAUUCUAAAUGGGAAAUAAGCCACAAUUUAACUAAACAAAAUGAUUUUAUUAACGUUUCGACAUCCGAUUUGGGCGUCGAAACGUUAAUAAAAUCAUUUUUUUAGUUAAAAUUGUGGCUUAUUUCCCAUUUAGAAUAGUUUAUUACAAAAAUGCCACAAGGAAAUAGCGUCAGAACAACAUUACAAUCUAAGACCCUCCGUCAUCCAGUCGUUUUUAAAUGUUGUUCCCCUUGUUUUAAAUGUUGUUUUUAGAUAAUUUCACACAAGAAGUGGCGGCUGCCCUACUCCAGUCGUCACCGAGUCGUUUACCCUAUAAAACUAAAUAUAAUUUCGUAGAAUAAAAGGGUAUAGUUAUAUGGAGCGAAAUCAAAUUAUAGCGUUGUGGUUACUUUAUCGUCGAAGAAAGAGGAACCGAAUUUACUGGGUCCAUCCUGUGAACGCAAAAAGAUACGAUUUAUAUAUUUUUAUAUUCACACAUACUGAUGGAACACCCUCUAUAUACUCAACGUUAAUUGCAACUAUGUAAAAUAAAGUUUAUUAUAAUAUACUUAGCAGUUUUAAUUACUGUUGUUAUCAGUAACAUAUAAUUCAUUUUGCUGUACCUACUUACCAAAUGUGUUUUUUUCUUUAUCACCUAAUUUGUCAAAUUCACUGUUAAGUGCGCGGCAUACAACAUUCCAAGCAUUUCUCGUCAAGUUUUUAUCUUUAUAUAUUUCUAUUGUUUUGUCCCAAAAAACAGGGUCUUGCUUCAAUCUGAGACAUCACAAUAUAAAAUAUAUGCACCUACUUCAAACAGCCACAAAGUGUAAAUGAAAAUAAUGUACCAAACAACCAAGGAAACUACCUUCGUGCGACUGAGCGACAGUAUCAUAUGAAAGGAUGCAUUAAGUCUCCUAUGCUACUGGGUGCUGGGCUGCCGUUUGUUGUUGUAAGCAAGGGACGGCAUAAACACGGCGACUUCACCGAACGUUCCAAUCACCGUCUAGUGAGAAAGGCUCCAUAUGAUUACAUAAGCCACCAUUGGAAUGUCGUCGUGCGUUCUAAUCCUCACACGUUUAAAUUCUUAUAAUGUGAAACAGCGCUAACCUUCCCUUAUUGGCGCGCGGCCUCGCACUCCGCAGCGAAAUGUUUUUCAAUUUUCCCUAUCCAUCCCAACCGACGCUGCUGCAACCGUCAUUUAUGAAAGACUUAGACCACACGCUGAAAAAAUAGUUGGCAAAUACCAAAGUGGCUUCUGUAGACAGAAGUCAACAAUAGACCAGAUUUUUGUUCUGCGACAGAUCCUCGAAAAAACAAGUGAACAUAACAUCGACACACAUCAUCUCUUCAUAGACUUCGAAAGCGCAUAUGACAAUAUAAACCGAGAAUUCUUAAUAAAAGCAAUGAAAGAAUUUAAUAUACCAACACAACUAAUAGAACUGAUAAAAGAAUAUCUAAAAGUAGAAAGUAAAAUCUGGAUACAAAACGAACUAACGGAAACAAUAGAUGUGAAAAGGGGACUACGCCAGGGAGACGCUCUAUCAUGCAUCUUGUUCAACAUCGUACUCGAGGAUCAAUCAUUAAUAAAAGCGUGCAAAUACUAGCAUUUGCAGAUGAUGUUGACAUAAUCUCAAGAUCAAGAAGAGAAAUGAUAGAGGCAUUCAAUCAAAUAGAACGAGCUGCACAAAAUAGUGGCCUUAAAAUCAAUCAGAACAAAACGAAAUAUAUGCAGGUAAGUAAAAACGCAGAAAUAAGGCGGCCACAAAAUAUUACAAUAGGAGAAUAAAACAUUGAAGGGGUAAAAAACUUUACAUACUUAUGAUCCCUAGUCACGUCUGAUAAUAACGUAGCGGAGGAAGUGAAGAGGCGAAUAUUUAUUGCCAAUAAAAGUUACCAUGGCUUAAUUCGGCAACUAAGAUCAGAUAACGUCGCAAGAAAAACAAAAUGCCAAAUAUACAAAACCUUAAUAAGACCGGUACUCACAUAUGGCUCAGAAACGUGAACACUCACUAAAAAAGAGGAAACAUUGCUAGCCACCUUUGAAAGAAAAAUCUUGCGACACAUAUAUAAGGGCACAAAAGAAAACGGAAUUUGGCGAAGAAGGUACAACUUUGAACUAUACAAAAUAUACCAGGAUCCGGAUAUCAUAACAUUCAUUAAAAUAGGACGGCUGCGUUGGAUGGGACAUGUAGAAAGAAUGGAAGAAGGCGAAAUACCAAACAAAAUAUUCAAACAGAUGCCAGUAGGAAAAAGAACAAGAGGAAGACCGAAGCUGAGAUAUUUAGAACAAAUAGAAAAUGAUAUCAUAACCUUAAAAAUAAAAAACUGGAGAAAGAAAGUACGAAACAGAUCAGAAUGGAGAAGAAUCCUGGAACAGGCCAAGACCCAGGAGGGUUGUCGAGCCAGUGAUGAUGAUGAUGAUCCCAACCGACGCGCUCUGUAUUCAUUGACCUUGUCUCGACUGUGUUUAGUGUAUCAUAUUACCUACAUUAGUUCGUAGGUUUGUCUGAUAGCAAGUUGCUGUCGUUCCGCAAGAUGAAGUUGCAAUUUUACUGCAACAAUCUAGGCAAGUGAUACCUAUGAACCCAGCAGACAGUUUUAGUUUCCAAGCAUGUACAUACAUUAGCUGGAAUCUGUUAUUUUGAAAACGACAUAUAUCCACUGAAGUACUUCUGAGAAAAACCAUGCAAUACUUAUAUUGUUUAGGGGGCAAUUCUUGUGGCUUGGUACUUGCUUAUAUAAAAAAUGCAAUGCCUUCAGUGUUCGGAUUAGUGUGAUUUUUUUCACAGAAUAGUGGAGGCUGGUAAAAACUCCAUGAAAAUGUUAUCAAGUUACUUUUAACAAAAUGUGGAUAUAUAUGUCGUUUUUAAAAUGACCGAUUCAGUUGUAAUAUUAGUAAUGUUUCUCAUUAUUAUUUAACAUUCAUAUAUAUUUACGUAUAUUUUGUUAAGUUUUUAGUUGGAAUAAAUGUGUUAAAAUCA